UAAAAAAAGCAUGUUUCUGUGUUUGUAGAAGGGAAUAGAUGGCGCUGAGUGAUCUGCGGCACCGGGGAGAAAAAAUUUGAAACAUCUGCAUUCUUUGACAUGUUGCAGCUCAUCUGCAAAUAGACAAACUGUUCACUUAGGAAAUACUUUAACCGACGAAACCCCUCAUCACCGUUUGUAUGUGUUUAUUGUAUUGCAUACAAAUGUAUUGUGGUUCAAGGACACAAUUAUUUGAAUUUGUGCUAUAUUCAGCUUUUUUUUUUAGUUUUAGGAUAAUGGUAGUGCAUUCGUUAUGCGCGUUAAACCAUUUGUCUCUGAGUAAAUGUGUCCCCCCUCAGAGGACAGCAGCUGCUAUUGCAAUCUGCUCUGCUUCUCCAGGCGCCGGCCUUUCUAUGUGAAUGUCUUUAUUGUGCGCUUGUGUUUGGGGCCGCAGGAGCACUGAAGUUGACAUCCCUGCGCCCCGCUGAAUGCUUUUCAUGACCCGACAUUACCAUCACUAUGGCCCUGACAGACUUACUGCAGCACUGACUUCAGCUCUCUGCACUGCCUGGCUUGUCCCCUCCAACUGCUAUUUUCCUCAUUCACCAUCUGUGCGCCAUCUCUCAAUCGACUCUUACUGGUCUGAGCCAUCCGUCUUGCCAUGGGCGGCCUCCUGGAAGAGGCCGCUGAAGGGGCCAGUACCCUGCAGCCAUCGCUGACUUGUUCUGCCCAGUUGGUGCCGUCUUAACCACGUCAUGACACAGUCCUAACACUCAAAGAAAGGGGGGAAAUAGUGACAUUUUAUUUCAAUAGCAGUAAAAGAAACUAGCGGAGCUGUGAUGGAUCUUCUCCUUUCCCUGAGGCUUUUAUGGCUCAUGCCUCUGGCCUGGACGCUUGGAGGGUGCUCCCCCUCAAUGGAGGGCAUAUCACGCAAAACUAUACCCUACCACAAAGACCACGGUCAGCUGUUCCAUGAGGCGGGAGUGUGGAACUACUCCACCAUGCUGCUGAGAGAAGAGCUGGGCCUGCUGCUGCUGGGGGCCCGCGACACCAUCUAUGCCCUGGACCUGGACAACAUCUCAGACAAGAAGGCUUCAGUCAAAUGGGAAGUACCUGAGGCAAAACAAACCGAAUGUAAAAAUAAAGGGAAAGAUGCAGAGAUACACUGCAAGAACUAUAUUCGGGUCCUGCACACCCUGAGUGAUGGACGGAUGUAUGUUUGUGGGACCAAUGCCUUUGACCCAGAGUGUGACUUAAUGUCCUACAAAGAUGGAAACCUCAUUCUUGAGAAGGAGGUUUCCAUAGGGGAUGGGAAAGGAAAGUGUCCCUUCGACCCAUUCCAGACCUAUGCCUCCAUCAUGGUUGACGAUAACCUGUAUUCGGCCACCUCCAUGAACUUCCUGGGCUCUGAGCCUGUGGUCAUGCGUAGCUCCUCUGUCUCCAUACGCACCGAGUUCAAGAGCUACUGGUUAAACGAGCCCAACUUCAUCUCCAUGGCCCAGGUGCCAGAGAGCAAGGACAACAGCGAGGGAGACGACGACAAGGUGUACCUCUUCUUCAACGAGGCCGCGCUGGAGUACGACUCGUACAGCAAACUUAUGGUUUCCCGCGUGGCCCGAGUUUGUAAGGGGGACCUCGGGGGCCAGAGGACGCUCCAGAAGAAGUGGACGUCGUUCCUGAAGGCCAGGUUGGACUGCCCCCUGCCGGAGUCCAAGCUGCCCUUCACCAUCCAGGACACGUUCCUCUUAUGCGAACCGCAGGUGUCCUGGAAGGAGUGCCUGUUCUACGCCGUCUUCACCCAGCAGCCGCACUCCCCUGCGCUGACGGCGGUGUGUUCGUACCGCGUGGCCGACAUCAGCGCCGUGUUCUCCAAAGGGAAGUACAAGAACCCGUUACCCGUAGAAACGUCCUACGUGAAGUGGGUCAUGUACAGCGGAGACGUCCCCUCUCCCCGGCCCGGGGCUUGUAUAGACAAUGAGGCUCGUAAACAGGGCAUUAAUCAGACACUGGACCUCCCAGACCGGACCCUUCAGUUCGUCAAAGACAGGCCGCUCAUGGACCAGGCCGUCCCGCCAAUCGGAGUGGGACCCCUGCUGGUACAGAGAGGAGCUGCGUUCUCGCGGAUCGUGGUGACCCGUGUGACGGCCUUUGAUGACCAGAAGUACCACGUGGCGUUCAUUGGCACAGAGAGUGGCACUCUGGUGAAGGCUGUGAACUAUGAUGGAAAGAUGUUUAUCAUAGAGGAGGUGCAGCUAUUCCCCUCCCGAGAGCCAAUAAAAGUGCUCAAAUUAUCUGAGGCCAAGGGCUAUCUGUAUGCAGGCUCUGCGUCUGGAGCAGUGCAGAUGCCACUAGCCACCUGUGGGAGGUCUCUGUCCUGCAUGGACUGUGUCCUAGCCAGAGACCCCUACUGUGGCUGGGACCAAACCACAUCUAAAUGUAUCGCUCAUCUCCAUGGGCAAAGUGAACUGAUCCAGAGUGUGAAAAACGGAGAUGCAUCUCUCUGUCCAGCCGCCGGCACUGUGACGCCCGUCAAUGAGUCCAUCUGGCUGAGGAGCAACCUCAGACUGCCGUGCCGGCCCCCGUCCAACCUGGCGGCGGUCAGCUGGCAGAGGGACACCAUCCCCCUAGCCCCGUCGGACCACUAUCAGGUGCUGCCAGACGGCCUGCUCAUCUCCAACGCCUCGGCCCUCCAUGCCGGCCACUACCGCUGCUUGUCUCUGGAGCGAUCCACCGCUGGCGACUACACCAGCGUGGUGGCCGACUACCAGGUGGGACUCGUCGCCGGGGAGUGGCCGCUGAGUCCCGAGGCCCGGCAGGAUGGUCCCUCGGUGGCCGGGCUGCAGGCGACGGUGGGGAUACUGGUGGUACUGCUCGCCGGGCUCCUCACCUGGAACCUCCUCAAGGGCCACCUGCCUCUUCCUUGUAAGCGCAAAGAGGACAGGAGUGGAGAGGAGUCUGGAUACGGCUCAGCCCAGCCUGCUGGGCUGGAGGCCGGGAAAAAACACUCUGGCCGGGGGAGUGGCGUUAGGAAUGGGGAAAAUGUUGUCCUUCAAACGGACGAACCCAAGCAGUUCAUAGGCGAUGAGUCUGAAAUAUGAAUGUCUGAAUCCCAUUUGCGUGAGCAACGACAUUGGUUUUGUUUUUUUAUUAUGCAAGGAUACCUUUGUUCUUUUACUCCUGGUAUGUUUAUUUUUAUUAACUCAUGUUGUAGGAUAUGAAAAGAUUUAUUUUAGGACUGUAAUUGAUUGUAUAUAAGUGCUUUGUAUAACUGCCAAUUCCUUCUUUUACACUUACUUUUGAAAAUUGCAAAUCAAUCUAACACUUGUAAAUGUAAUGAAUUGUCCAGGCCUACAGCUAUCGUUUGGCAUUUAAAUAUUUGGCUAGUGUUAUACUGUGAGUAUUUUGUAGGAUAUAGGAGCAUAUCCUUUGCUGAUUAGAAAAUACUUCAUCCUCCUGGUGCGAAACAACAUCCAGCUUGCAAAGAAUUCAGUGCUUCUGCAAUUUCAAUUGCAACAGGCUCACAUUGCAGAGGCUGUCUGCAAAGACAGAUGGUCUGUCACCACAUACGCAGACAAUCAGUCUGUGGUUUUUACUGUAGCAAAAAUAAUCUCUUCCGUUCCAUCCUGUGACAGACUACGAAAUAAAAAAAGAACCGUUGCAAAAGAACCAUCUUUUUAAUCAAUCACUGGAGGGAUACAAUAAAAAUAACUUUUCAAAACAGUAAUUUCAAAACGGUUAGACAUUACGGCAGUUUUUUAAACAGCCACCAGCUGCUAAGGAAUAAAAGUGAAAACGAUAAAACACUGAGGAGACGUCGGCUGGUGUAAACAGCGAGUAGCAGCUCGUUCCAGCUUAUCUCCUGUAGCGGUAUCUCUUAAAGUGGAACCACAGCUGGAAGAUCCCGUUGGCAAACUGACAGCGGAAGCCGUGACGAUGGGAGUACUCCCACUCCCUGUUGACGAUCUUGAACGCUAUGUCCUCGUAGGGGGGGCCCGCGUGGAACCGCAGGAUGCCAAAGUCCUUGUUGUCGGGACUGGGCUCCAGGAAGUACUGCGGCGUGGAGCGCUUGUUGAUCAGGUCGGGGUAGAAGAUGUUGAACUUGUAGCCCUGCACGAUCUUGGGCGGCGGGUUGUCAAAGUCAUAAUGGGUCUGAUUGUACUUGUUCCACUCGAAGCCGGUGUGCACCCUGUUGAAGAAGCGGGGCUUGCGGGGCCGGUACUUGUCGGCCCACAGGUACAUCUUGCCCGUGAGGGGCAGCUCCACGCUGAACUGGGCCUCGUCGUUGCCCAUGCCCUGCUUGGCGCGGCGGACAAACGCGUCCUCUGCGCUUUCACCCACGUCCCCUGAAAAUCAGAAACAGGCUAGGGGUGAGGACAGGACAGGCACAUAUAUACUGGAAUGGAAGAACAUGAACGGUACAGUAUAUCCUACUAAAAUAUCGUGGGAUAUAUUGUAAGAAGAAGUUAAACUGUUAGGUGAAGUAACUAUUAAAAGUUAUAAAAUAAAAAUGUAUUUUAGCUUCUUGGUUUGUGCUAGGACAAGUUGGAAGCACUUGGAAUAUUAAAGAGACCGGAUUCAUUAAUAAUGGGCUCAAAUAGUAACAGGCUCAAAAAAAUGGACAUUCUGUAAGAAGGCCUGGUCUGGGGGCAGGAGGUAGUCCAGUGAGGUGCCUGACCCCUACCUGCUCCUCUAAAGACGCACGCAUCCAACUACUUUGAGUCGUGGAUAGGAGUGUAAGUAGAAGUAUGUGAUAGUUGUGCAGGCUCGUCUCGUCUUACCGGUGACCUGCAGCCGCGUGCGGGCCAGGCGCAGCCUCUGCUGGUUCUCGUCGGCCGUGAUGGUGUGGGCGUCCAGCGGCAGCUCGGAGGCGGUGAGCAGCGUGGGGCUGUAGCGGCCCGAGUCAUACUCCGCCUGGCUCUGCUGGAUCAGGUCCUCCUCCGUCAGCACCGCCUCCUCCUUCUCCUCGCCCUCCUUCUCGCCCUCGCCCUCCUUCUCGUCCCCGUCCUUCUUCUGGCCCUCUCCGGAGGUGCCGGCCUCCUCGCCGUCGGGCUCCCCCGUGGCAGCGUCCCCGCUGGGCCCGGCGGAGGGCGAUGAGGGCCCCGCCUCUACGCCCCUCCUCCCA